GACAAGUGACUGCAUUCGCUCACAAGACACGACCAAGGAAAGUUUUCACUGCAACUUCGCCAUGUCUCGCCUUCUUCUGUUUGUGGCUUUGGCCGUCUUUAGCGCAUACGUCGCCAACGGUCACGGGCACGGUCAGCCCCCGACCUUUGAGUGCAAGGAGGACGGUAUCUUCGUUGAUUUUUACAGGAACUGCCAAGUGUUCUACCACUGCCAGGAUGGCGUCAAGACCACGUCCGGCUGCCACAACGGAUACCGCUAUGACCUGGAGACGUACACUUGCCGACCCCCGGCGGAGGUCAGCUGUCCUACACCAGAACUUUGAGUGAAGAGACAGGAAGGAGAAAAAGAGAUAGAGAGAAAAGGAGUGAGAGAGGGGGGAUGAGCUAAAACUGUUAAGUGGAGAGGCCGGAAAAAAGUGAUUGUGUGAGGGAUAUAAUGUCAAAAGAAAAAAAUAAAGUAAAUAAAUAGAUAAAUAGAUAAAUAGUUUUAAAAAUAAAAUAAAAAGUUAGAAACGCAUUAUGUUCUGGGCUUUUAUCUUGCUUUCCCUCUUUCUUUAUCAUUUUUUUAAUGAAAGCUAGACGUUUCUACACUGACAAUUGCCUCAGCUCAUAGUGGUUGUUUUAAAUGUACGUAAACUGUUAAUGCAGAUCGUCCCCGUAAGUAAUUUUGUGAUAUAAAAAUGUUAUAUCAAAGUUGGAACAAUAAACUCGAUUCAUUACUGAA